GGGAUGCUGUUGCAGAACGAUUUCAAUGUCUCGGCUGCCUGGCUAGCUGCUACAAAUAAAACUGUGUAUUUGAAACGGGCCGAACAGUUGAACGCUGAUAUCGACAUGAUGUAUCUCUGCAAUUUGGUGCAGAAUCUUAUUGUCGAGCGCUCAAAACCGUUAGGUGUUAUGAUCAGGAUCGCUAGCGGGGCUGCCGAAAUAUUCUCCCUCCAGGUUCAAUCGCUAAAAAAGCUUGUAGCUUCACAAACUGGUUACAUCAGGGCCACUAAGAACGUGGAUGACCGCAAGCGAAAGUCGAUCAAGGUGAGAGAAGUGGAGGUCAGAGUGUCGAGGAAGAAAAGAAAAAAGGAGGUAGCCUCUACCACCGUUCAGAACAUUGCGGAUAUUACGCUACGAGAAGAACCGUGCAUUUCGUUCUACGACGGAAAAGAGAUGAGCAACGAUUCUAGCUUCGGUUCAAUGGCAUCCAAAGAAAUUUUGGAAAUUCUGGCGCCUUUGCCCGAAUCUCAGGAGAUAAACCAAUCGUGGGUAGCAGAUCAACCAACUCUCGUAUCAUCGCAAGAGCCGAAUAGCAUUUUACAGAGCACUGCACAGAUGGAAAUGGAUGAAACUGAAUGCCGGGAUCACAUUACUUCAGUGUGUAAUCAUGAGAUGGUAAUCCAUAGCCAAUCCAAAGAUGACGCUGUUUUACCCAUCGUUCGCCAAAAACUUGAUGAGGUGAACUUGGAUGAGGUCGAACUUCCCAACGCAAAUGAACCCCACACCAUCCUUGGUAAAGAAAAUGUUGCCUGUAAUUCUAGGGAAGAAAGCCAUGUGCCUCAGCAGAGCACUUUAGUUGAAUCCUACGAAGUACAGGAUGAAGUUAAGUUUCCGGAUAGAAAACGAAAAGUAAAUUGCUCUAAUAAGAUUGCCUUCAAGCGUUACAAAAACUGGUUAUCAACUUCUGUGACCACACAAAGAUGUACUCAUCCCAAGUUCGACGUGGCAGUGAUCAAACGCGAAAAAAGAGAUUUAAAUGUGAUAUUCCGCCAACCGCUGCGGCGGUCAGUCUUGGGACAUUUGUUUGAAAGGAAUGCAGUUCUCGAAAGGAUACCAACUGUAGAGGGAUAUACAUAUGCAAGCAGACGGCCAUCUACAACCAAAAGACAGACACGUGCCAAUUCCACGCAACCUGAUAUUACUAAUUUUGUUCACGAACAAGGAUCUCUAGAUGUUUCGCCGCCAGAACCCAUCCGAGAUGAUUCUCAAACUGCGACGAUUGAAGAAACUGCUAAUGGUUCCAUUUCGGUUGAAGAAAUGUUGAGCUUAUUGAGCAGCUUCUGGGAUGAAGUGUCGAGCCCGUUUCCUUUUGAAAACAUGCAUCAACACAUCCAGACAAAACUAAUGGCCGCUUCUAUGUUCUUCAGCGUUUUGUCACUCACUGCAAAAGGGAUCAUUCUUACAUCGAAGGACGAAAACGGUAGCCCAACCUAUAUCGAAAAGGGUCCUAAUUGGCGCACGAUCAUUUGAAAUGGAUCAUCUUUUGGCAUCA